UCUCACACAACCGCAUUGUUGUUGGGGGAAGAGAAGCUCGGGCAGCCGCUGAGCUCUGCCGCUUCUAACUGCUUCCGAACAGCCCUACAUUGAUCAGUAUUUAUCCUGAUCAACUGAUCAAUAACGCUCUGAAACUGGCUCCGUCGCCCUGGAUACCUGUCGGCCACUCUCAAGUUUAACUCGGUUCAGCGCGAGCCGCAGCCGCUGUUGGAUGAGCGGACUGAAUGUGGAUUUAACUGCCGCUUCGCUCCGCAGGCCGCACCGCCAUUGCUGCUGUUUUUAUAAGCUGAAUUCGUGAUAAUACCGAGGGUCUUUACGAUAUCAAGAUGAAGAAGAAGAGUCGACAUCACAGACCUUCGGUGCUGAAGAGGGACUCGUCUCCCAUCAAGCCGUCGCCCAACCGGGAGACGCUGACGUACGCCCAGGCCCAGCGGAUCGUGGAGCUGGAGGUGGACGGCCGCGUGCACCGGCUCAGCAUCUACGACAAGCUGGACGUCAUCGCCGACGACGACCCCACGGCGCAGGAGAUCAUGGAGUGCAACAGCAACAAGGAGAACAACGAGAAGCCCCAGCAGGUCCUGGUGCGCUCGGUGCGCCUCAAAAACAACCAGCAGAAGAAGAAUGCGGCGCUCGUGGCCUCGCACGCCAGCGCCGGCACCGGCACCACCACCACCACCGCCGCCACGCACGGCAGCACCGGCGGCCUGUUGGAGCCAAAGGUUAGAACGGUUGAAUACAACCUGCCGGUGGUGCCGAGGCGGCCGGCGGCGUACUUCAAGUACACGGAGCGGACGGAGGAGGAGCUGGACGACGAGGUGGAGUACGACAUGGACGAAGAAGACUACGCCUGGCUGGAGCUCCUCAACGACAAGAGGAAGAGCGAGGGCGUCAGCCAGGUGUCCUACAACCUGUUCGAGUUCCUCAUGGACCGCUUCGAGAAGGAGUCGCACGCGGCCACACAGGGCCAGAGCGACCUGCAGUCGCUGGUGGACGAGGACGCCGUCUGCUGCAUCUGCAUGGACGGCGACGGCGCCGACAGCAACGUCAUCCUCUUCUGCGACUCCUGCAACAUCGCCGUGCACCAGGAGUGCUACGGCGUGCCGUACGUCCCCGAGGGCCAGUGGCUGUGCCGCCACUGCCUGCAGUGUCCGUCGCGGCCCGCCGACUGCGUCUUCUGCCCCAACCGAGGCGGCGCCCUGAAGAAGACCGACGACGAGCGCUGGGGCCACGUGGUGUGCGCCCUGUGGGUGCCCGAGGUCGGCUUCUCCGACACGGUUUUUAUCGAGCCCAUCGACGGCGUCCGCAACAUCCCGCCGGCGCGCUGGAAGCUCACCUGCUACCUGUGCAAGGAGAAGGGCGCCGGGGCGUGCAUUCAGUGCGACAAGAUCAACUGUUACGCCGCCUUCCACGUCAGCUGCGCCCAGAAGGCCGGCCUCUACAUGAAGAUGGAGCCCGUCAAAGAAGUGACGCCGUCCGGCGGCGCCACCUUCUCCGUGAAGAAGACGGCCUACUGCUGCAGCCACACGCCCGAAGGCUGCGACUGCCGGCAGCUCAACAUCUACGAGGAGCCCCAUCCGAAAAACGGCGCCUGCCACAAGAGGGCCGACAAGAGGGGCAAGUCCCGGGCCAAGGGCUGGCACAAGAAGAAGAGUAAGAGAGGGGAGCCUGAACCAGAACCUGAACCUGAGACCCCCAACAGCUCUGGGCCCAGUAUCACUGCCUCAAGUUUCGACACCAUCCUGAACCAGGUGGCGGUCCAGAGGAAGCGGGUGUUUGUGGAGCGGGUGCUGAGCUACUGGGUGCAGAAGAGGCAGUCGAGGAACAACGUGCCGCUGAUCCGCCGGCUGCAGGCCAACCCUCACCCGCCCAAAGUCAAGCCGAUGGACCGCGCCGAGUCGAACCAGGCGCUGAAGGAGCAGCUGAAAGAGUGGCACCGCCUCCGCCACGACCUGGAGCGAGCGCGCCUGCUGCUGGAGCUCAUCAGGAAGAGAGAGAAGCUGAAGAGAGAGGAGAUGAAGCUGCAGCAGUCGGCGCUGGAGGGCCAGCUGACCCCCUUCAACAUCCUGCUGAGAGCCGUGCUCAGCCAGCUGCAGGAGAAGGACCAGUACAGUAUCUUCGCUCAGCCCGUCAACGUCAAGGAGGUUGCGGACUACCUGGACCACAUCAAGAACCCCAUGGACUUCUCCACCAUGAGGAAGCGCAUCGACGCUCACGAAUACCGCAGCCUGGAGGAGUUCGAGGCCGACUUCGACCUCAUCAUCUUCAACUGCAUGAAGUACAACGCCAAGGACACGUUCUUCUACAAGGCAGCUCAGCGGAUGCAGGACCACGGCGGAGCCAUCCUGCGCCGGGCCCGCAGAGAGGCCGAGCGAAUCGGCUUCGACUUCCCCAGCGGGCUGCACCUGCCCGAAGCCCCAAAACUGGAGACGCCACCCCCCUUCUCCUGGGAGGACGUGGACCGGCUGCUGAGCCCCGCCUACCGCCGGCUGACCCCUCUGGAGGAUCAGCUGAAGGCGCUGCUGGAGAAGCUGGACCUGAGCACGGCCAUGAAGCACAGCCCGUCCCGCAGCAAGAGGCUCAAGCUGCUCAAAAACAUCAUGGAGGUCCGCAGCGAGCUGAGCCUGAAGAAGUCCCUCCGAACGCCGCCACCCGCCCCCCCGGAGCCAAGCCCGCCCCCCGCCGAGUCCGAGCAGAAACCACUACCCGAACCGCUGGCGGAGCCCCGCACGCCUCCGGAGGAGAAGCCUUUACCUCCGCCAACGUUAGAGCUGCUAACCUCACUGUCGCAGCUCGGCAGCUCGCCCGCUGCCUCGGAGCCGCCCCCUCCGAAGGCCGCCAAACCCAGCACGGACCACGCUCCCGCGGAGCUCGGCGGCGACACCGACACGUCUACCUCAGCGCCCGCGCCUAACGGGCACGUGCUUCCCAACGGCGUCAUCCACACCGAGGCCUCCGGCGCCUGCAACCGACGGAACAACGUCCUCUUCCGCAAGUCCAAGAGCGCCAGCCCCCAGAAACCACCCAAGACCCAGGAGGCGCCGGCUGUGUCGCCGCUGCCCCUGGGCACCAAAACCUUCCUGUCGGUGGUGAUCCCUCGACUGGAGACGCUCCUCCUGCCGAAGAAACGAACGCGCAGCAGCAGCGCCGAGGAGGACGAGGAGUCGCCGAUAAAGCGCCUCGGUACAGGAAUAGCAAACGGUUUCGUGGUGGAGGAGGAGGAGGAGGAGGACAUCUCGCCGUCUCCCCGCCUGCUGGAGCCUCGCCGCCGCUGUGCCUCCGAGUCCAGCAUCUCUUCCAGCGGAAGCGUCCUCUGCAGCACGAGCACCGUCAUCGUGUCUAAAAGCGGUAAAGGGCGGUCGCCGGCGGCCCGCCGGAGCACCGUGGACGACAAAAGCACCCUGGUGGCCUGCAUCGAGAACGGAGAGUUCCCCAAAACCGCAAAGAUCUCUCCAGAGGUGUGGAAGCCCUCGGCUGCUUGUCCAUUUGUUCUGGAGCCUCUUAAACUAGUUUGGGCUAAAUGUAGUGGAUAUCCCUCCUACCCCGCCCUGAUCAUGGACCCCAGAGCGCGGAGGACGGGGUGUCAGCACAACGGGGCGGAGCUUCCCCAGCCGCCGCCGGACGUUCUCAAAGCCGGAGAGCGGAUGCAGUUCAGGUCCGCAGAGAAACUCUUCCUCGUCCACUUCUUCGACAGCAAGCGCAGCUGGCAAUGGCUUCCUAAAUCCAAGAUGGCUCCCUUCGGGGUCAACCAGUCGCUCGACCAACUCAAGCUGACGGAGGCUCGCUCCUCCUGCAUCCGAAAAGCUGUGCGGCUCGCCUUCGACCGAGCCAUGAACCACCUGAACUGUGUCGGCGGCGGCGGGCCGGAGCCGAGCACCGGCCUCGCCGUCACAAACUGAACCCUUCUUCCCCCUCCUCCCCCCCCCCACACACUUACGAAAUCCUCUCCAUUAUCCAUCUCUCGUCUUUUAGCUUUGUCUUUUGAAAACCAUCGCAACAGAGACGCUCAGUUUCUGCCUCAUACGCACAACAAACACACACAUACUUGUCAUGUUUACCAUUUCCUGCAAACUGGAACCACAUCGUUUUCAUGUCACACACACACACACACAUACGCACACACACACACACACACACGUGUCUGUCCUCCCUCCCCCCCCCCUUGUCCGAAAUACUGUAGCUUGUGACGUCCAUCUUGUUUUGUCAAAAAGCUAUGCAACGAAAACGACUCGGUUAGCGGGUGCAAAAAGUAGAAAGAGAGGGAGAAGAAAAAGAAAUUCAAACCUGGGCUGUGAGGACUGAAAAAAAUCACAGGUCGAAGCCUGUUGAAUGUGUCAGUUUGACCUCUGACCUCCUUAAAAAUGUGCUGCAAGACUGCUGCAACAAUCUCACUGCCAUGAAAAUGUCCAUCAGUGUGCGCGUGUGUGCGACUGCAGCAGCUCCUGUAAAUAUCCUGUACAAGGCCUGACACUAACUUAUUCACUCCCUCAGUUUGUUCUUUUUUUUGGUACAUUUGGUGUUCACAUAUUUAUACGGUCGGAGGUGACGAUCCACUGACGGUGUCGGUGUUUCUGCUGGUGCUAUCUCUACACAGAGAAAAAAAACAACAAACAUGCAUAACUGUAACAAACAUUUUUAUUUCAGCUCCUUUUUUUUUACGGUUUUUGUAAGUUAUUGAGUUCUCAAACUUCGAGAUCUCUCGUCUUUGGCAUUAAUUGUUUUUGUGUGUUUGCAUCAUUUUUUUUUUUUUACCUGAAUGUUUUUACUGGACUACUUUUUUUUUUUUUUUUUUUUUCUUCAUUUGUACAUAUUUAUAUAAAAUCUAUAUAGAUGCUCUCAAAGUUUAAAAUGCCUAAAGUGCAUCAUUCACACCGAAACCAAAAAAUCUGCUGCCCACAAGUUUCCCACUAAUUAUUAUUUUUUUUUUUUACAGUUUUUCAGGUUUUUAGCCUUUUUGUUUGUGUGCUGUGAUGAGUUCAAGUCCUCCUAUAAAACAUCACAGAAUCAUCUUUUCCACCCGAUCGGAGCUACAGGCGGCUGUAGGAGAGAAGAGAAUGUGCCUGUACUAAUUUAUUGUAAAGCAGAAAAUGUAUAUGCAUUACUUUAUAGAGAGAGUAUUGUAAGAAAAAUACUGCGGGCACACGAGGGGGGGCCAAAUGUAGAGGCCCUUUCCUCCUCUUCUGUUUUGUGAGUUUUUAUUUUUUUGGAUUAUUAAUAGCAUUAAAUCUGAGAGGUGAGGUGAUAGUGUUGAUGUUUUAUUUGGGCAGGGUAGCAAUGGGUAGACUUCCUGUUUUGUUUGGCCCCUCUGGAUGUGGAUGUUGUGUGUAAAUAGAUUUGGUACUUUAGCUGAUUCUCUGGGAAAAACCACAGUUAUAGCCAACGGGAGCGGAAACCAGCCGACAGCAGGUCGGGAUUUUUAUACUAAAACACUGAAAAAUUAAAUAUGUUAUUGAAUCACUGA